CCGACAUAACGGUCGCUCUGGAUGAUAACAACAGAGGCGACCGAACUGGUGAGCUCUGAAUGGUUCGGUCGCACCGAGCCUCUCCCUCAUUGGUGUCGUUUGUUGCUGCAGCACCUGCUGAUGCGGCCACUCGGCAGGCCCUGGCUGACCCUCGCUCCCUGGCUACUCGCGAGGACCUCGCCCGUUGGUUCGAGCAGUGGGCUGCAUGGCGCGUCAGGGAGGGCCAGCUUGAAGACGACCCACAUGGUGGUGGGUAAACACAUACAUAAGACGAGCCGCAUUCAUGAUCAGCCCAUCUGCCGUUUGUUUGUCUGUCUGCUCUCAUGUGCAGUGGAGUCCGAGUAUGUGCAUAUGAUCGGCGAGGGGAGAUAUCCGGGGUUUAGCGAGGUGGAGCGACAGCAGGUGCGUUUAGCAUUGCGUGGCGCCUCGUCGGCUGGCGCAUCUGCUGCUGGUACUAGCGCCGCUGCUUCGUCUUCGUCGAGCCAAGUAUACCACGGUUGUCCGCAAUGGUUCAAUGUAUCUGUCCACUGUGUGAGUGUCUCCAUUCAGCCACCUUACGAGCCCGCUGGGGACCCACCUACCGACGCAGAGCGGGGCCGUGGGGCCUCUCCUGAUGCUGAUGUGGUGGUCGACGUGGCUCCUGAUGCUGAUGCUGAGGUACACAAAAAUGAAAAGAAGAUCUGACGGUCACCAUUGAUGUGCCUGGUGCGUAUGUGUGCAGUCGGAUGAGGCGACUGAAAUCGCUGUAGUGCUAUGGGGCAACAGCCUCUUGAGAGACCCUGGUAGUCGACACAGCCAGCCAGCCAGCCACCGACCGGCCUUCCAUGGCUUCUUUCUUUCUCUCUGUCUGCCUGUGCACACAGAUGAGAGGCGGCGGCGUCAGGGGGCUUCACACACAGCAGCAGACCAAGGCCGCGAGGAGGUACACCAACAGCCAAUAGCGCGGGGGUCCUUGACAUAUGUCCAUCUCCGUGUGUGUCUGUUCAACGACUCUAUUGGUCUGCUCAGAGCGCUCCCUCUGCUGCCCCAGCUGCUGCUGCCGCUGCCGCUGCGGCUGCGACCCACACGAUGGCCAGCAGGCCGCAUGAGCCUGUGCUCGAUGUGGCUGAGGCGAUUGACGAGGCCGCUCUAGUGACGUGGAUGAAGGACCUACUAGACAGCCGGGCUCAGGAGAGGAGAGUCCAUAGGAGAGCCCAUCCCCUUCUGGGUAGGCAGGCAGGCAGACAGGCAGGCAGGCAGGCAAGACAUAGCGGACCAGUGAUCUUGUGAUCUUCUCUUGUCUGCUUCUCUCUGUCACCUGCAUGAACACGCAGAGGCGUUGCGGAGGGUCAGUGAGGGGAGGAUCUCUCCUGCAUGGAGCGCAGUCCUGGACGAGCAAGAGCGACUAGAGGUGCGUAGACCAACUUAACAUGCAACGAGCGGUCAGGUGUUGUUCGCUACUCCACUGUCUGCAGGCGGAGAGAGCAUCGCAGGCCACCACACAGCCAUCCGCCGUGCCAGCAUCUGCCCCUGGCCCAUCCAGCGGACCACCACCCGCCACACACACAUACACGAAGCCCGUAAGCGCAACGCAACCAGUGCAGCUUGACAACGCUACGGGUCCGUCUCCAUGAGUGUGUUUGUAUUUCUGGGUCUAUCUGCGUGCCACCUGUUUGUUCAGGGGGUGAGGACUUCUUCUUCUUCUUCUUCUUCUUCUGCCUCUGGCGGCACUGCUGCUGCUGCUGCUGCCUCGUCGGCGUCAGCUCGAGUACGACACGACAAACACGCACCCCACACAGAUCUCCGCUUGUCCAUUAACUUUGUUGUGCAUUCAGGUUGAGCCACCUUCCGGACGUCCUGCCGCCCAGAUCAAUGCCCUGACGGCUCAGCCAAUGGGGGCGGCUGGUGCGGCUGCAAAUAUGUCAUCUGGCGAGAGGAAUGAGGCGGCUCACGUACUGGGGGCGCCCCAGGUACAUACCGCACUUGACACGCACCAUCAGUAGGUAGCUCUCUCAGCCAGAGAUCUUGCCAUGUGGUGUGUCCAUAUAUGUGUGGUUCGUCAGGUGGGCUCAGCGGUGCCCGGAGACCACCCUGUCGGCCCUCGGCAGGUGUUCGCGUUGACCCCUCCGUCGGGGGUAAGGUGGCAGCGAGAGAGGCAGAUGAAGCAUCGGAGUGCUGCAAACAGUUCCCUUUGCGUGUGUCUCUUUGCGCGUGCCGGCAGAUCUCUCACACGACGCCUCUCCCUGACCUCAGGACACUCACGAUGCAGCCCACUGGUGCAGCGCCCUCAUCCCGUCCCCCCAGCCCUCCCCUCUUCCAGCCCGCCGACCUCUUCGACCUGUCAUUGCGUCAUUGCCCAUCAGCAAGAUGGCCGCCAUGGCCAUGUCGACUGACCCCAACAGAGGAGCCGCUCUCCGCUCGCAGAUCGUCACUCGCACUCGGCAACAGGAGCUGCUGGGCCACACUGCGGAGACCAUUACCAGCACCCUGCUCAACAGCGUCCAGCAGCACAUCGACAAGGCCAUCAGGCGUCUCGGGCUGGCGGACGUGUUGGCCUUCGACAUUGAGGAUGAUCUGGAGGCCGGCUUGAAGGUGGUCUAUGUGCUGGAGCGGGGCACUGGCGAGGAGUGGCGGGCAAUGGGUCGGUUCCUUCGGCUGGCCUUCAUCUACCGGCUCACCCCUGCUGAUGCGACGCGGCCUCUCCGUGUGUCGGCUGACGCGCUGCCCACAGCAGCGGCCUUCCAACAACUACCACUGGCCAUGGCCCUCUACAAGAUCAUCGGCCACCUGCUGACACACAGGGGGACCAGCCUGGCGCUGCAGCACGGCAAUGACGGGAUCUAUUGGAUCAAAAAUGAGUGGUUUCGCGUGCUGCCGUUGGGUGACUUGCCGGGCGGCCAUGGAUAUGCUGAGGGCUACAAGCGCACCGAUCCCGUCAUCCGACGGUUCGAUUCGUUUCUCUACCCCUCAUUCUCGGCAUUCCUGCUGGACCAUCGGCUCGGAUGGUACGUCGUCUGGUGGUUGCCCUAAGAGGGGGUGGUGGGUCACAAGGAGGUGUUGACGGCGGCCAUCACAGAGUUCCGUCGUGACCCACGCUAUCAACGACUGCUAAACGAUGCCAUCACAGAGGAUUUGGGCAUCGCUGUCGACAAUCACAGGCUCUAUCGCAAUCUGAAUGGAGGAUGUACGGACCUUGGGACCGACGAUCGUCAUGUGAUUGUCAGCGGUUUCCGGCCCAACGAUACCGUCGCUGCCCACCUGAUUAUAGGUUACUUCCAUAUCAACCUGCUGACGACCGAGGCACCUGUGGCUGAUCGGUCUCAGCCGCUCGACCGCUACCCACUGAGUCGCUACCCUGUGUCGAUUGGCGCCGCCCGCCGUCUGCUGCGGUGGUUGGAGUUCGAGAGUGUCAUCAUCGACAGGGGGAUUGUGGUGAGGUGA